UCAAUCAUAUACGUGUUCAAAUUGUACAAAAAGUGUAAAAAUUUAAUUUGUGUGUUUUCAACAAAAUCACGUUUCCACCACAAAAUGAUACAAACAGCUACAAAACAGCCUUUAACGUAGUUCCCAUGAAGCCUUGCGAGGUACUUUGUUUACAGUUGCAGUUUCUCACUUGAGAUUUUAUCUGAAAUGACCGAAAGUAACAGUCGCCCGGUCGGCCAGCUGGACUACGGGAUCUGUGGACCUGCUGAGCUCCGUUUGCCAUGCGCGUAUAUCAGCAUUCAACACGGACAAGUUUUAUAUUUAGACGUCUGCUCCAGAUGAUUCAAUGGUGACUGUACAUGCAGUAACAGUGGCAAGACGUUCCUCGCGGUCAACAUUUGCGCAGCUUUCUUCACUUAUGAAAUACAGUACGCACGCCUGAACGGAAGGACAGACCUUUGAGGAAAUGAUCGGAUAGUGCAGUCUGCAUUCUGCAAAAGAGGGCAGGAGGAAUGACUACCUCAUAUAGGAUGUGUUUGGAGACCCAGCGCAAAUCUCAUCUCAGCUUUGCCUGACUUUCUGCACUCAAUCCACACGCGCUGUAUACUAGAAUAAGCGAGAUAAAACUGGACCAGAUUUUAAUAUGUAGUGAUGCGCGCUGCUUUAAUGAAUCGCAAGACGCUGGACGUCACAGCCGUGCCACAGGUGCGCACUAAACUUUGGUUAUUCAUUAUUGAUUAACAGCGGAAAGAAAAGGAGGAACGCGCAGCGGAGGGACAAAACAAUUAGGCUACUCGCAGUAUGGAGAUCAUGUCCAAUCUACCUACAGGAGAGGCUGGUGGCGACCACACCAAUGCGGUUUCCAUGUCUGCGGGCAUGGAGAGAGCCGAUGUGACCAGCCCGAGUCCGGUGAGCAAACAGAGGUCCCUGCGGGCUGUGUAUGUGCUGAAUGAUGGACUGAAGGCAGUGGCUGCGAAUAGCCCGGAGUCCGGGGCUCUCCAGUGUCUCCAGCGCGCCUGCGACGCGGAGAGUGCCAUAUUGACCACAGUCACCUUCGGACGAUUAGACUUUGGGGAGACCACUGUGCUUGAUACUUUUUACGAUGCAGAUAUUGCAGUUGUGGACAUGAGUGAUGUGUUCAGACAGCCCUCUUUGUUUUAUCACCUCGGGGUCCGUGAGAGCUUUGACAUGGCCAACAAUGUUAUCCUCUACCACGACAUGGACCCCGACACAGCACAGUCCCUUAAGGACAUGGUGGCACAGAAAAACACAGCUGCAAGACCAGUUAAAAUAGGCUUCCCUUGGGUGCAGCUGCCUCCCGAAUACAGAGGCUCUGGCCUAAGAAACAAAGCCUCUAGUGGGAACUACUAUUUCAUCCCAUACCUGAUGACACCCAACAACGAGUACUUGUGCUGUGAGAAUGUGGCCCAGCGCAGAGCAUCAGAGUACAUGCAGCCCAACUGGGACAACCUUUUAGGACCUCUGUGUGUCCCUUUGGUGGACCGCUUCGUCAGCCUUCUCAAAGACAUUCAUGUCACGUCUUGUGCUUCAUACAAAGAUGCACUCCUGAAUGACAUCCGAAAAGCUCGAGAUAAAUACCAGGGUGAGGAGCUGGCCAAAGAGCUUUCCCGUAUCAAACUCCGCAUCGACAACACUGAGGUUUUGACUCAAGAUAUUGUCAUGAACCUGCUUUUCUCCUACAGAGACAUACAGGAUUAUGAUGCUAUGGUUAAACUGGUGCAGACCAUUGAGAUGUUGCCCACCUGUGACUUGGCCAACCAGCCCAUGAUUCAGUUCCACUAUGCUUUUGCGCUCAAUAGACGAAACAGCCCUGGUGAUCGAGAGCAGGCGCUGCGUGUGAUGUUGCAGGUUCUUCAAUCGUGUGAACACCCUGCUCCUGACAUGUUCUGCUUGUGUGGCCGCAUAUAUAAAGACAUCUUUCUAGACUCAGACUGUAAAGACACCAAAAACAGAGACAACGCCAUCCAGUGGUAUAGAAAAGGUUUCGAGCUUCAGCCCACGCUCUAUUCAGGGAUUAAUCUAGCAGUGCUGCUUAUAGUAGCCGGGCAGCAGUUCGAGACUUCCAUAGAACUCAGGAAGAUCGGUGUAAGGUUGAACAGUCUGCUGGGCCGUAAAGGCAGUCUGGAGAAGAUGAAUAACUACUGGGACGUUGGACAGUUUUUUACUGUCAGCAUGCUGGCCAAUGACAUCCCCAAAGCUGUGCAGGCCGCUGAGAAACUCUUCAAGCUCAAACCACCUAUAUGGUACCUGCGGUCAGUGGUCCAAAACCUCCAGCUGAUUCAGCAUUUCAAGAAGCAGAACACUGAACACUCGCCUCAAAGAGAGAGACUCAACUUCUGGAUGGACAUUAUCGUGGAGGCCACGCAGGGAACCACCAACGGCCUUCGUUUUCCGGUGUUGAUUCUGGAGCCCACUAAAGUUUACCAGCCAUCUUAUGUAUCGAUUAACAGUGAAGCAGAAGAGAAGAAUGUGUCUAUAUGGCACGUGUCGCCCGCUGAGACGAAGGGAAUACACGAGUGGAACUUCACUGCGUCGUCCAUUAAAGGCAUCAGUAUCUCAAAGUUUGAUGAGCGCUGCUGCUUUCUGUACGUCCAUGAUAAUUCAGAUGACUUCCAGAUCUACUUCUCCACAGAGGACCAGUGCGGCAGGUUCUGCUCAAUGGUGAAAGAGCUCAUCACAGAUGGAUCUGGAAAUGCUGUUGAGCUGGAGGGCGAAGGAGACGGAGACACCUUGGAGUAUGAGUAUGACUACAAUGAGAACGGUGACCGGGUGGUUCUGGGCAGGGGGACCUAUGGAGUUGUCUACGCAGGGAGAGACCUGAGCAAUCAGGUGCGCAUUGCCAUCAAGGAGAUCCCUGAGAGAGACAGCAGGUAUUCCCAACCACUGCAUGAGGAAAUCGCCCUUCACAAGUACCUGAAACACAGAAACAUAGUUCAGUACCUGGGCUCAGUGUCAGAGGAUGGUUAUAUCAAGAUCUUCAUGGAGCAGGUCCCUGGAGGAAGUCUGUCAGCGUUGUUGCGUUCAAAGUGGGGUCCUUUGAAAGAAGCCACCAUAAUCUUUUACACUCGGCAGAUCCUGGAAGGCAUUCGUUAUUUGCAUGAAAACCAAAUAGUUCAUCGGGAUAUCAAAGGAGACAAUGUUUUAGUCAACACUUACAGUGGCGUGUUGAAAAUCUCCGACUUCGGCACGUCAAAGAGACUGGCUGGAGUCAAUCCCUGCACUGAGACCUUCACUGGCACCUUGCAGUAUAUGGCCCCUGAGAUCAUCGAUAAGGGACCCAGAGGUUAUGGGGCCCCUGCUGACAUCUGGUCUUUGGGCUGCACCAUCAUUGAGAUGGCGACAGGCAAACCUCCUUUUCAUGAGCUGGGAGAGCCACAGGCCGCCAUGUUUAAGGUGGGCAUGUUUAAGAUCCAUCCGGAGAUCCCGGAGUCUCUUUCGUCGGAGGCAAAAUCCUUCAUCCUGUCCAGCUUUGAGCCUGAUCCCAAUAAACGAGCAAUGGCCGGCGACCUGCUCAAAGACCCCUUCCUGCGGCAGAACAUCAAAGGCAAGAAGAACAAGAUCGCUUUCAAACCCUCAGUGUGGCAAGACUACAUCCGCAGUGUUUCUCUACCCGUCCAGCUGCAGACAGAAGCCACAGGCAGCAGCAGCAGCGAGCCGGGCUCCGUCUCUCCAGACUGCGACUCCAAACAAGAUGUGUUUUUCGAGAAGAAGAAGCGUUCAAGCUCCGAAAACCUCAUUAAACCACCCAGCUCAACCUUUCUCAGUGUUCCAGAUGAGAGUCCGACAGCAGAAGACCGUAGCUCUCCAGCCUCCUCUGAGAACAGCGACUCUGGUCUCUUCCUGCUCAAGAAAGACAGUGAAAGACGGGCCAUUCUCUACAAGGUCCUCAAUGAAGACCAGGAUAAAGUAACCUCCAACCUCAUGGAGAACCACAUCCAGGGUCAAGAGGAGCUGAAGUUGUCUGUGGAUCACAUUAAACAAAUCAUCUGCAUCUUGAGAGACUUCAUACGCUGCCCUGAACGUCGUGUUAUGGCCACCACCAUCUCAAAACUCAAACUGGACCUGGACUUUGAUAGCACAUCGAUCAACCAGAUUCAACUCGUUCUGUUCGGCUUUCAGGACUCUGUGAAUAAAGUGUUACGGAACCACCACAUUAAACCACACUGGAUGUUUGCCAUGGAUAACAUCAUCAGACGGGCUGUGCAGGCAGCUGUUACCAUUUUAAUUCCAGAGCUGCAGACACAUUUUGGUCCCGCAUCAGAGAGCGAGGGCGCAGAUAAAGACGCAGAUGAAGUAGAUGAAGAGGACGAUGCAGACUUUGGAUCAGUAGCACGUACAACACAGGAAGAUCAAGUUCUCACAUCUGGAGUCAGCACACUUAGUUCAGUCAUAUCCCAUGAUGCGCAGCGGCUACAGCACCCCCUAGGAGCACAGCUGGGACGACUCAAACAGGAAACUUGCAGGCUUCUGGAGGAGCUGGUGCAGAAGGAGAGAGAAUAUCAGCAGGUUCUGAGACAAACUCUCCAACAGCGGGUACAUGACAUCGAGCUUAUCAGGAUCAGACAGCAGCCUGCUGCAGCAGAGAUGCCCACUACACCCUCAGUAUUUCACGUUACUGCACAACCCGAGCCUGACAAGAAGCUGACGGAUUGGCUGAAGGAGCAGGGAGCAGACAGCGAGACGAUAGACAAGUUUGUUGCAGAAGAUUAUUCACUCAGCGACGUUCUCUGCGAUAUUACUAAAGAAGAUCUUCGAUGCCUGAGGCUUAGGGGUGGAAUGCUGUGUCGGAUCUGGAAAGCCAUUCAACAACAUCGCAACAAAGGACUUCGAAAGGUCAAAAACGACGAGGGAAAUUCAGAAGGAUGAAGUCAACAGGAAGUGGUUGAAAAUGAACACCUGAGCCAGCAAAAUCCACCUUCCUAAAACGAGAGAGCAUCCCCACAUCAUUUCAUCAUGCUGUGCCCUGGUUAACCUGUUUAUUUGUCUUUCAGCUAUGACCUAAUGUUUAUGUGUUAUUUUAGUAUAAGUUUAAACUCUCUUCAGGAUUUCCAUCUUAUUUCCAUGCAGUUUUAAUAGAAAAACCAAAAGGGAUGCAAAACGGCUCUACCCAGGAAAGACCGUUCUUUCCGCUUUGUACACUUCCGCGCUGAGAGGAUUGGCCUUUUCCAAAUGACCUGGGAAUGGUGUUACCUGCUUCACGUGGGACUUCAGAUCAUGCCAUUUUAAAAUGACAGAAAACAUUUUUAGGUUUCUGUUUACAUUAGCAUUACAAGUCUGGAAAAUGUGUAUUAUAAAAGAUUUUGGAGGGACUGUCUUGACAAAAUGAUUACAGACCUCUUGGACCAGGGCUGUAGAGCCUCUUCAAAUAAGUUUGAAUGUAAUUUGCUAGUGCAGUACAUAGCUAAAUAACACGUGCCUUAACGUUCAUCUGUAACUUGAGUAGCUCUGGUGCAUUUUUUUCUAUAAAUGUGUGCAAGACCUGUCUUGCAAAAAGUAAACCAAGCGGUUCACCAAAACAUAAGAUCAGGCCACUUUUCACAAACGUGUAUCUGCUUUCUUUUUAAGGAAGCAGCCUUUUGAAUGUGACAUUUUUUUCUGACGUAUCAAGUUUGAACUGUGAUACAAUGAAUCAACCAGCCAACCAAUAAGUGAUCGGUACAGAUAACUGUCUGUUCAACUUUUCCAUGAUUUCUCACCUGCCGUGUUUGAAUGUUGAUGCAAGAAAUUUGAUGCGUUUUGGUGGAGUGGUUGCACUUUGAGGUGCAUUGUUUUGUCUAAGCUAUUUCAAUUAUUUCCAAACUGAUGUGUCCAUGAUGAACAUGACUUAACGUAGUAGUAAACCGGAUAUUCAGGCUGUGGCUGAAACAAAAUGCCAACUUUCGUUAGCUGGAUUGCAAAACACUUCAGGCGAAGAAAGUGUGAAUGUCUUUACAGCCAUGAGGUAGCGUCAUGGCUAAUAGCAACUAAUAGCUUUUCCGAUGAAUUGUCGCAUCAUUUGGUUUAUAAAAAAGAAAGUCAUUCGGCCAGCUCCAGAUAUUUAGCGUAGUGGAUGCCAUGAAAAAUGUUGCAGUUAAUGGGAACACAACGAAAUGACGUGCAUUUACAUUCAGUACAUGCAAUCAAUUUAUUUUUAAAAGACUAUCAAAUGUUUUUAAGGACCUAAAUUGUUGUAGCAUUUGCUAUCGUGUAUCAUGUAGUCUUUAGGCAUUUGUGUUGUUUUGUCAUUGAGCUUUUUUCUUUGCAUUGCAAUGUUUUUUAUUUUAAUAUAGAUAUGAUGUCAACUGAAGGUCAGUCAUACACAUUUUAUGUGUUUGCAAAUGUAUUAAAGGGAUAGUUUAACUCAAAUAGUAAAUUCUGUCAUCAUUUACUCACUUUUUAUUUGUUUUCAACCUUCAUAAGUUUUUUUCUUCUGUUAAACACAAAAGAAUGUACUUUUAAGAAAGCUGUAAUCAUUUACUUACAUAAUAUUUCUUUUUCCUACUAUGGAAGUCAAUGAUUGUUAUAAAAGAAAGAAACUCCUGACCGUUUGGAACCACUUAAGUAGUGUUUCUCAACCACCAGCUCUGCACAUUUUCCAUGUCUCCUUAACCAAACACACCUGAUUCAGAUCAUCAGCACAAUAGCUGAGACUGAAAGACCUGUAAUGAUUGUGACAGACAAAGGAGACAUCCAAAACACGCAGUAAUGGUGGUCCUCCAGGACCGUGAUUGAGAAGCACUGCAAUUGAGUGUGAGUAAAUAGUAAGUCAAUUUUUGUUUUUGUGUGAACUAUCCCUUUAAGAGUUAAUUGCUUUUGAAAACAUCAGGUGUUGGACAAUAGAUCAUGUUUCGAUUCACAAUCAAAACAUUAGAUGAUAAAGAUAAAGUUGGCAGCACAACCAUUCAUUAGUAGUCAAUGUCAACAAAAAAAUGUGGUUCAUUGCAUCCUGGUUCGGUUAUUUAUUUAGUUUAGUUCCCCAUACAAUCACAGACCAGCAAAUAAACAAUCAUGUCCACAACCUUUUUAAAAUUGUAUCUUAUACAAAAUUAAAGUUGAGGUCCAUUACUGUGCUUUUGUACAGUAGUGCAGUUUUUGUAGAUGUGCAAGCUUUGCUAUCUGAAUCCAAGUUUCCCCUAAACAAGCCUCUGAAAAGAUUGGAACUGUGUGGUUUGACUUUAACAUGAACACAGUUUGGACCAAAGGCGAUUAAAGAAAUCCAAACAAGACACAAGAUGCGACAAUAAAAAAAUACAGUAAACCAA